GAACAUUUUUAUAGAAAAAUAUACAACAAUUGAUGUUUGUAUUAAUAAUAUACUUAGCGAUAAAUGAUAAUCGGUGGUGUCUGCUAACAACUGAAUAAUGGCAAGUUAAUGGUUUUAUAUAUUGAAUUAAUAUCCCAGCUACAAUUAAAAACGUGUAUUAGUUUGAGCUAUUACUAAAGCACUUAGGUUACAGGUACACUAUUCAUUAUGGUCUAAAUAAUCGCGCUAAGACUGGAAACGAUCAUAUAUAAUAAACAAAUUAAAAUAUUAAUUUCUAAUCUUCUUAACUAAGCAAAACUUAUCAAAAUGUACAAAGUAAUAAUUAUUAGUUUAGUUAUAAUAUUGACUUUAAAUAUCUGCCAUGCUUCAUAUUACGAAAUAUUGGGGGUAUCCAAACAAGCGUCAACGGCUGAAAUAAGACAAGCCUUUAAAAAAUUGGCCAUUCAAUUGCAUCCUGAUAAAAAUUCUAAUCAAGAAGAACAAGAAAGCUUUUUUAAAAUUACUGAAGCAUAUGAAACACUCAAAGAUCCUGAGAAACGGCGUCAAUAUGAUAUGUAUGGCUCACACCGCACUUAUACACAGAAAUAUGGCUCUCAAUCGCAAUCUAAGUAUAAUGACAUACUUAUAAAAGGAUUAUAUCAUACAGAUCCCAACAUGGAAACUAUAACACCAUCUACUUAUAAAACAUUCCUAAAUAGUGGGCUACAUUUCAUAAACUUCUAUUCUCCAUUCUGCCCACCAUGUCAGAGCCUGGUAGAUGAUUGGAAAAAAUUGGCAGAAGUGUAUAAGGGAAUUGUGAAAUUUGGCGCUGUGAACUGUAAAUAUCACAACUCGUUUUGCUAUCACUCAAUGAGGAUAGGUAAAUAUCCAUCGUUGUAUUUAUAUCCUAAUGGAAAAGAAGGCAGUUUUGUACAAUAUACUGGGCAGCAUACUUUUGAGGAUUUGGAGAAAUUUGUAGUGCUCUUUUUAAAGGAAAAGGUCACAAUACCAUUUGUAAAUGCCAUUAUAUAUGACGAUAAAUCAGUUGCCUAUGUCCUUGAUACAGAUAUCAAUGAGAAUAUGCUACUACGGAUUGCCUACAAAUUGUACUCGGUUACAAAUUUGGUUAAAAUUGAUGACUAUUUACAAAGGACAUUCAACCGAGAUUUGGAAUCUAAAAUUCUACUAAAGUACAAUAAUAUAACGGUGUGGAUAAACACAACCGACGAACAGACUAUAAUAAAGGAAGUUGUAGGAAUACUGCCGCCGAUUGAACAAGUCGGAUUGAAAAAGAUACAAGAGAUCAGAAAUGAACUGCGUAAUGAGAAAAAAAUGCCAUGGGUAAUAUAUUUCUCAACACAGGGUGAUGAUAAGCUCCUAGUCCAACAUUUGAAGGUUAACAUGCCUAAUAUGAUGUUUGGUGAAAUUAAUUGUGACAAAUUAGGUGAGCUAUGUCACUCUUUACAAGUGAACAAAGCCCCAGCGUGGGGCAUAUUUAAGCCAGGGGGCGGCUACCAAAAGCUAUUUGGUGAACCGACGCGGAAAAUUCUGGAAAAAUCUGCUAAAGCGUAUAAUAUGCAUACGCUAUCUGCUUCGGAUUUCAAGAAGAUUCUAGAAGAUGAUACAACCACGUGGGUACUAUUAAUUGCUCCGUACCAAACAUCGUGGCAGCAUAUGAUCGAACCCUUCAUUGAAGCUUCUCUUGAGUUUGUUGAAGUCGGGAUUAGUUUCGGUGUGAUGUCGUGCAGCACACAUACAAAUAACUACUGCCAAUCUGUGUCUGAAAACAAUGCAUUGAUCGCGGUACAGGAGAGAGGAAAAUUGCACAAGUAUCGUGGAGAGAUCGAUAAAUCUGAUAUAGUCGAGUUUGUUGACUUAAUUAAAGAUAUAGACGACUUUAGCCUGAGUGAGCAACAGGUACUGGAGAUUAGUGAUGUCUGGUCACGUGAAUAUACAUGGGUCGUUGCGUUUCUGCCACUGCAUUAUGGUCAUGUCAGCGAUGAAUUAUUGCACGAGAUGAGAAUUGUCUCGAAACGGCUGCGUCCAUUAAAGUUCGUACGCGUCGGCGCCCUCUGGUGUAGGAGCGAACGUACGAGCGGUUUUUGUAACAAUGUACGCGCACCUAUGUUACGCGUCUACCCUCUCGCUUCGGGACGACAUUUUACAAUACCUCUACAACAGCUGUCAAAGGCGCCGUAUAUACUUGAGUGGGCUUUGAAUCAUAUAGACGACUCCAUCGUCAAUUUGAAUAUGCACACAUUCUACUCACAAACACAAAGAGGAAGUGAGAAGCCAUGGGUCGUAUAUUUCCAUUCGCCGAGAUGUUACAAGUGUUACGAAAUGUACACAGAUUUCGCGAUUAUUGCUCACCAACUCAGCAAUGUGAUAAAUUUUGGUAAAGUGAACUGUAUUACGGAGCGUCAAAUUUGCCAGCAAGAGUACAUAAAUAGCUACCCAUCUUUGCAUAUAUAUUCUAACGAAAAUGAGCGACAACCCUAUAGGGCUGUAGUUAACCUUGAAGUAUCUUCAUACUCCCAACUCUGGAAGGAUAUACGACCGCAUUUGAAGGACUAUAACGACGACAUAUUAGCUAAAUUCAACAGUUUCGAUAUAAAAAGCCAGUACUUACGAGAUGAAUUGUAAUUUAAUAGCUGAGAUUUGCUAUUGUAAAAUGUCAUCACAAAGAAUAGACUACUAAUAGAUUUGACAGAUCUAUUAAAACGACGUCUCAUGAGUCUGUGCUAAGAGUGAACCGUUUUGAGGCAAUUGUAAAUUUUUUGUAUAUAUACCAAUACAAAUAAUUUACCAUUGCUAUUCUUAUUACAUUUAUUAUGUUAACAGUACUGGUUACAUUGUAAUAUUACCUAAAGGUCGCAUAACCGCAAAGGCGAUUUUUUUUUCGCCCAUACUCUGCGUUUAGCGGUAGAAAAAACAAUGUUAGUGGAAAGAGCGGCGGAUAUUGUUAUGGUUGAACUACUAAGUACAUAUGAAAGAUAAUUGAUGAAGUUUGCCAUAUAUGCAGCUAGUAUACAGUAUUCGACAUUCCAAUGCAUUUAUAUAUUUUUUUUGUAUUAUAUAUAAUUUGUAUUUAAUUUCUCAAUUUAAUAAAAGAGAAAAAAUGUGAUAUGUGAUGGAUACGCCAAAUGAAAGAAUGGAACUGGUUAUUGCAAUAUAAUAUACACUUUACUGAAUCAUAUGGAACAAAGCCAGAGGCUUAUAGUUAAAUGCCUCUUGGUAUUUCUGGGUACUUCUGACUGGUAGUGAUUGUCUAUUUAAUCAUUAGCUUAGGAAUUUUUUAAAUCUCAAAUGUAUCUUAAUCAUGAAAUCUCAUAGCCAAUAAUAAAUUUCCUAGUAUCUAUAAUUAUUGAACCUGUUAAUUAAAUUGAUUUUGUACAACUUCAUUGUUUAACAGUAUGAAACUAUACAUUUUAGCAUAUCUUUAAUUAUUUACACACAAUUUUGUAUGUAAUGUUACUUUAAAUCUUUAAAAAAUAUUAAUUUUAUGUGACUUAGAUUGUUAAUGAAAUCCUAUUAUACUUUUUAUUAUGAUCCAUAUAUGGCUCUAACACAUAUAUUAUUAAUACAACAAAUAUAGUAUUCAAUAUACUCAGCAUGUAGUAAACUUAAUAAUAUUAAUAAUGUGUUAGGUUUAAGCUAGUGGUACACACUUUAAUAAAAAUUCUGAACAGGUUUCUCACAAAUUUAUUAGAUUUACUUAAAGCAAUCAUGGUCAUAGAUUCAUGUUUGUAUCAGACUAAGAAUUUUUAAUUCAAUUGCUAAUAAUAACUACUAGGAGCAUUUGUGAUAUUUUGUUAAUAUCAACUAAUAUUUGUGCAAACAACUUUAAAACACUAUUUGAUUUUCCAAGGCAACGUGAUAAAUAUACACAAAUAUUAUCAGAAUAUCACAUAUGACUGAAAUUUAAAAUCAGAUGUUAUUGAAUCUCUCAUACUAUAAUGUUAACACACUUUCAAAGAUUUCUCUCUUAAUACCCACAAAGUAUGCUUUGGGAAACAAUAAAAAAUAUUGAAA